AUGACCCUGUACCUGAGGCAUUACUGGAAGGACGAGCGCCUGUCCUUCCCCAGUACCAACAACCAGAGCAUGACCUUUGACAGCAGGCUGGCCAAGAAGAUCUGGGUUCCUGACAUGUUCUUCGUCCACUCCAAGAGGUCCUUCAUCCAUGACACCACCACGGACAACGUCAUGCUGAGGGUGUACCCUGACGGCAACGUGCUCUACAGUCUGAGGUAGCUGCUCAGCUCCACUGUGUUAUGGCCCUGCUACGCUAUAGCCAUCGGGCGUACAGCAGUGCCAUGAGCCAUCAGCCAUUGAGGAAAUGCUUCCUUUGAAAUCAAUCAAAGCUGCUGUACUGCCCGUGUUGCACACGCGUUGCGUCACGUCCAAUGGCAGCAUCCAAGCUUAAGAAUCACAGAGGUUCAAUUCUCGCAUGUUCAUUCUUUCUUGUGAAUUGAAAUAAUGAGAAAUGACAACACGCUAUUUACAACUUUUACAGUGGGUGCAAAUAAAGCAUAGUGAGCAGAACGAGCAAGGAGUUGGGCAAAGCCAAGCACGAGCUAGCGAGAUCCUUUUGGUGUGUUGUAGCAUGUAUUUUUACUGUUGCUCUACGCACCACUUAUUGCAGAACCACUGACCUAUAUUUUUUACUUGACUAUUAUUUCUGGCGUUAUCCCUAAGAUCUGGAAAGUGGAGCAUGUCCUCCCCCUACAUAAAGGAGGAGAUCCAGACUUAGAUAAUUACGGUCCAAUUUCCAAAUGAUCUUGCCUUUCCAAAGUUUUAGAAUCCCUGACUAACUUUCCCCUAAUAACUUUUUUUACUUCUCACUCUAUUCUUAAUGUGCACAAAUCCGGUUUUAGACCUGGACAUAGCACAAUUUCAGCGGCUACGCUUGUUUUAGAUGAUGUGUUAAAUUGCUUGGAUCAUAAAAAUCAUCGUGCUGCCUUAUUUAUAGACCUUUCCAAGGCCUUCGAUACCGUUGACCAUCACAUUCUCAUUAAAAGGUUGACUGAAAUAGGCCUGGAUCAUGCUUCUUGCAAGUGGUUUGAAAAUUAUCUGUCAGACAGGACUCAAUGUCUGAUCUCCUGUAGCUCAGUUGGUAGAGCAUGGCGCUUGCAAUGCCAGGGUUGUGGGUUCGUUUCCCACGGGGGGCCAGUAUGAAAAAUGUAUGCACUCACUAACUGUAAGUCGCUCUGGAUAAGAGCGUCUGCUAAAUGACUAAAAUGUAAUGUAAAUUAUCUUUGAUGGUGUUAAGUCUAGUUUCCUGGAUAUCACAAAAAGUGUACCGCAGGGGUCAGUACUGGGACCUGUUCUCUUUACUAUUGAUAUAAAUAAUAUUGGUCUAUCUGUUAAAACUUGUAAUAUUAAUCUGUAUGCAGACGACACUGUUAUAUAUGCCAUUGCCCCAACUAUUGACCAGGCUAUGUUAGAGCUGCAAUCUGACCUUGUUACCUUACAGAAAGCACUGGUUGGUUUAAAACUUGUUGUUAAUGCAGGCAAAACUAAAUACAUGUUUUCUCUAUGUCACGACUUCCUCCGAGGCUGCCUCCUCUCCUUGUUCGGGCAGGCUUCGGCGUUCGUCGUCAUCGGCCAUCUAGCCACUGCCGCUCCUCAUCUCAUCAUUCCAUUUGUUUUGUCUUGUUUAUUACACACACCUGGUUCAUAUCCCCUCAUCAGUACCUGUAUAAGUGUUCCCUCUGCCCCCUUGUCUUUGUGUGUGAUUGUUUAUUGUGGAGGAGAGAGAAGCUCGGUGUAUUUUGUAUCCCCGGGAAUAUUACCUGUGCGCCGUGUAUUUUCCAGUGCGGCUGUUUUGCGCAUUACUGCGUAACUCUGUGGUUCAGAAUAAAUCCUGUUAUUCUGUGAUUUACCCUCCUGCGCCUGACUCCUUCAAAAUCACCUCAUCACACUCUAGGUCUCGCAAUAAUUUUCAGAUGGACUACAUAUUUAUUCAUUGGAUGGUUCUCCCAUUGAUCAGGUUCCCUCCUACACAUAUCUGGGCAUUUGGAUUGACAAAGACUUAAUGUUUAAAAAACAUACGGAUGAACUAGUUAGAAAUCUAAGAUUUAAAGUGGGCUUCUUUUUUAGAAAUAGAUUUUGCUUCUCCCUAAGUAGCAGGAAGCAGAUUGUACAGUCAACUUUCUUGCCAAUUCUUGAUUAUGGGCACACCAUUUACCAGAUUGUAGCAGCCACUACUCCUAAACCUUUGGAUGCCGUCUAACAUAGCGCCAUUCGUUUUAUCACUGGUGACAGUUUGAAUACUCACCACUGCAUUCUGUAUCAAAAGGUUGGCUGGUCCUCAUUAAAGUCCCGUAGAUCAAUUCAUUACUCCCUUUUUGUUUACAAAGCUCUACUACACAAGCUUACAACUUACCUAACUUCGUUGCUAACGUAUAAAAGAAUGAGCAACCAAUUCUGCUCGCAGGAUUGAUUAACUGUUGAGGUCCCUCUGGUCUCGACCAAUUUAGGUAAUUCCUCCAUUAGUUUUAGUACCCUCCAUUGUUGGAAUAACCUACAAAAUUUUGUGCAUCUUGAUUCCUUGGUGCCGCUAAGGCAGUUUGGGACUCCGGUGUUGAAUUAAUUAAUUGAGUAUUGCAGUUAAUUUUUUUAUUUAAAAAAAAUGUUAUUUAGAUGAUGUGUUAAAUUGCUUGGAUCAUAAAAAUCAUCGUGCUGCCUUAUUUAUAGACCUGAUUGUAGUGGUUUAUGUGUUAAAAUUGUGGUGUUGAGCCUUGUGGUUAUUUUUAUUCUUCUUGUUUUAAUUGUAAUGUAAAUUGUUCUUCCUGUUGUGAGAAAAUGUUUGUACUCAGGGCACCAUUGGGAAUAAGACCCUGGUCUCAAUUGGGCUACCCUAAACAAAUAAAAGCUUAUAAAAAUGUGUAUAUUUCCGAUAGGGAACACCUCCUCUGUGAAGUGUGCGUGUGCACAAACUCAAUUCGGCCUUGCACUCCUUCUAAACAACGCCAUUUUUGAAAACUUUGGCAAAACGUCAAGUCUAUAAAACUUAGUGCACUGGGUUCGUAACAUAUUCUGGUUUUGGAAAAAUAAAAAUGUAUUGAGAUCAGAUGUUUCAUCGAUGAGAAAAUUUGCUAAAUGUCAGCCCAGUUUGAUCUACUUCCAUCCUCUCCCACUGCCCACGACUGGACUUCCUCUCACUACCAUAUUUGGUGGUGAGAAAACGGCUUUGUGUAACAGGUAGAACGUCACAUUGACGCUAAUGGCAAAGCAACGCAACGCGUAUAGUGAAGCUGCAGUGUUACCACAGACAGAAGGGGAAACCCAAACACGUCACAGGGGUUAUAAAGCUGAAGCAUUCAUGUGUCGCCCAACGGUCUCCCACCAACUUCGAUUUCCUUCAUUGAAAAUGAAUGGGGCUCAGUUGUUUCAUCGGUGGAUUUCCAGUGUUAGAAUGAUGAGAACUGGGCCGUGUCCAUUAGGGCAGAGUUUCCCAAACUCCUGCUACCCCCCCCCCCCCCCCCCCCCCCCCCAACUUCUCUGCCAAUAACAGCUAGUUUUCAGGUUACAUAUCACUCCCAUUAGGCCCCUCCGCUCUGGUGGGUUGAUCCCCGCACCACAAUCCUAACUGUGGUUAAUGCACUGCUUUGGUGCACAUUCCCGCUCCGCUCAGACCACUCUCAGAAAGUCAUAGCAAAAUUAUUGCUUCAGAAAUAGUUUUUUGCUCAAAAGCAAUUUUGUUUCUUUUGGACCAUUAUUAUGGAAAACUAUUACAGUAAGGUACUUACUUGUUACCCAGAAAUGAUUUGAUAUUGAGAUAAAAACUUCUGCACCUGGCCUUUAAUUUGUUUCAUACCCCAUUCAAGUGAGCUCAUAAUAGUCAUACUGAUCCAUUUCAGCUACAGUUCAGCAUAAAAGCCAAAAAGAAAUCUAAGUGUUUCACAAUAUAAUCAUCACUUUGUAUCCAUAUUAAAUUCUGGUCAGGCAUAAGUCAGGCUCUGAUGUCACUUUUGUUCUCACAGAGUCACAGUCACGGCCAUGUGCAACAUGGACCUGAGUCGCUUCCCUCUGGACACACAGACCUGCUCCCUGGAGAUAGAGAGCUGUGAGUGCAUCUAUCAACUUCACCAUUUACCUACACAUCUCUGAUGACAUUUGAUUUAUGUUUUUAUCACAUGUUCAAAGAUAAUCGAUCAUAUUUGUAUGAGGUAUUCAUUGGGUUUUUUGAACAUUCUCUCAUCAGAUGCAUACACGGACGAUGAUCUCAUGCUGUACUGGAAGAAAGGCAACGAGUCACUGAACACGGACGAGAGGAUAUCUUUAUCCCAGUUCCUCAUCCAGAAGUUUCACACCACUACAAAGCUGGCCUUCUAUAGCAGUACAGGUAACCCUGAAGUCACAGAUUGAGUAGAUAUUACGUAGACAUUACAAUUACACAUUAUAGGCCAUUGGCGUAUUUACUAACACAACCGUGGGCCACAUUAAAUCGCCUUGCUGGCCGCAUUUGGCCCGCUAGUCGUGAGUUUCAGACCCCUGCACUAUGGGAAUGGAAACAGGUGAUAAGGACUGGAUCUGUGUAGAAUAUCAGCUGUGUUUCUUUUUUAUUCUCAGGCUGGUACAACCGUCUCUACAUUCACUUCACCCUGCGACGCCACAUCUUCUUCUUCUUGCUCCAGACCUACUUCCCAGCCACCCUCAUGGUCAUGCUGUCCUGGGUCUCCUUCUGGAUUGAUCGCCGGGCCGUCCCUGCUAGGGUCCCUUUGGGUAGGAAAGGCCCUUGCCAGAAGGACUAGGAUGUUUUUUUUUAGCUCUAGGCUAAAUUUAUAUUUCCAUGUUUUAUUUGAGAUAUAGUACAGUCUUGCUGUCUUUCCAACAGUGAUUGUGAAGUUUGUUUGGUCUCGACGGUGCCCCCAAUAAGGCUCGAAAUUAACUGUAAAAUGUCCAUCUUCUCAAAUACAGAUCAAGCCAAGACCUGGACUCAAAAGCUAUUUCAAUGAGAUCUGUGUCUGGGUAACUGUCCCUAAUGUCUUCACAUAGGUUGCUAAACCGUCUGUUUUGACUGUGUCCAGGUAUCACCACAGUGCUCACCAUGUCCACCAUCAUCACUGGAGUCAACGCCUCCAUGCCCAGAGUGUCCUACAUCAAAGCAGUGGACAUCUACCUGUGGGUCAGUUUCGUAUUUGUCUUCCUCUCGGUCAUAGAGUAUGCCGCGGUCAACUACCUCUCGACCGUACAGGAACGGAAAGAGAGGAAACUAAGAGAGAGGGUACGGUUUGUUUCAUUUCAUUUACAUAAAAUGUUUUUCUGCUUUUCUGUAUACAGUUAUUUUUAGGACUACAUCUGGUGAACAACUUUGCAUACUGCAUAUCUCUCUAUAUGCCAAAUGUUGUGGCAUAUGGAACUGAAACUGCAUAAGAAGCCUCAGGAGGAAGUAUUUCAACUCACACAGCCCCUGAAAACCUUUCCUGCCACGAACAACCUUGUUGAGAAGCCCUAAGCUCGAAAAUUACUAAAUAUAUUAGACAUCAGUGGAUUUAAAGCCACUUAAAAGUUUUGCGGUUUCAAAGUCUUGUCCUUUAAUUCACCCUUUUUCUCUUUGUACUCCCCGCUACCUGCAGUUACCGUGUACCUGUGGCAUCGGAAACCCUGACGACGCCAUGUGCGAACCCCAGAUCAUUGGCUACACCACCAUGGACGCCAACAGUAUAGGGAACUAUGGCACCGCAGGGAACUAUGGGAUGCCGGAGAACGGCGGCAGGCAGGAGAGGAUGUUGGCCCAGGUGGUUUUGGGGGAUCCCCAGCUCACGGGCCAGGUAAAGAGGCCAGGCUAUGUGAACAUUUGGAUAGACACCCACGCCAUAGACAAGUACUCACGGAUGGUCUUCCCUGGUUCCUACGUCCUGUUCAACAUCAUCUACUGGUCCAUCUACUCCUAACGCCUGGCCUGUGCCACGAAUGGGGAAGGACCCUACUACCCUAACACAUCCACAUGCUGCAGUUAGAGCACAACAUGUUCGUAUUCAUUAGGCACCAAACGGCACAAAACUGACUGAAACAGGGAGCG